UGCAGUCAUACCAUACCAUUCAUUCUUAAUUAUUUUAUUUUGUUUUCGGUUUAAGCGAUUGCAUCGCGAAAUGGAUGUGGAUAAGAUUUGCCUGACUUGCUUGAGCUCGACGGGACCCUUUUUGUCCAUUUACGAUGGGGGAUCGGGCAGCUGCCUAGCUGACAUGAUCCGAGAGUUCACGAAAACAAAGCCUCGGCGUCACGAUAAUCUUCCUGAAAAGGUUUGCCUGAGCUGCUUGAGUGAAAUCAAUCACUGUUACACCUUUAAGAUCAAGUGCGAGAACUCGAGUCGCACCCUGCGGCAAUUGCUGCCAAAUGCUCUACCUGAAGAACCCGAAAGUAAGGUGUCCAUCAAUUGUCCAGUGGUUACGGCGGACCAGGCUGUUCAAACCGCCAAUUGGGAGCCGGCCAGAUGCACUGCCUCCGUUCAAACGGAUGCGGUGUCUACCAUAGACGCCGAACAAAACACCAGCCUGGUCAAAUCCACGAUUUCUGUGGAUCUUGACUAUGACGGCGAGGGGGAGGUGUUUGACUACGAGCUGCCGGAUGAGCCAGUUGAAAAGGCCACCAGCCUUAUCCUGCAGGUUCAGGGCAGCUUGAAGGAUGAAAAAGAAGUGGUGUUUACCCAAACCAAUGUUAUUUAUGAAGGCGAUGACAACGAGUUGGAGCAGCAGAUCAGGGAAUGUAAUCUUGCUAUUUUCGAGGGUGACGAUAAUGAUUCAGAGGUCAUCACAGUUGCAACUCCACAGGUAACAACCAGAAAAAGCGCUGCUAAACUCUUAACGUUGCAUCAAAAUGAAAAAGACGAGACUUCUGUGAAUCCAAAACAGGAAGUUGAAGAAGUAGCGAAAGCACAGUUGGCUCAGCCAGCUAAAAGAGCCUCUCGUCGGCGAGGUGGCGUCAGACAGGAUGUUCAGACCUCGUCGCCUUUAGAUUCAACAUCUCCCUCAAAAAAGCUUCGGUUGGGAUCACAGCGAAAGUCGCUGAAUGCAUUCGGAGGACCAACCUCAGGUGCAAAUAGCGGUGCAGGUACAGCAUUAAUCACACCCCCAACACCUGAGCUUAAGUACCACUGCGAUCGCUGCAAUGCUGGCUUUGCACUGGAAAAGUCUUUGAUGAUCCACAGACGCCAGAAGGGCUGCAUCAACCGCAACUUCAAAUGCAAUGAGUGCGAAAAGGUGUUCGUGUCGCCGGAUCACUUGGCAGAGCAUCAGGCUAGCCAUGGUACCCACAAUUGCCCCGAAUGCGGUAUUCAAUGCGAUUCCAAGGAGCAGCUAAGUAAGCACAUGGUUCAAGGCCACAAGCGAAAUCUGCGUAAUCAAUGCACAGUUUGCCAGAAGGUAUUCACUAUGCUAUCCACGCUGCGAGACCAUAUGCGCAUCCAUACCGGCGAGAAACCCUUCGUGUGUAAUAUCUGCGGUAAGAGCUUCACUCAAAAUGCGAACCUGCGCCAACACAAGUUACGCCACUCGGAGACAAAGAGUUUCAAGUGCGAGCUGUGCCCGAACUCUUUUGUGACCAAGGCUGAGCUCGCCUCUCACGCUCGCACCCACACGGGCGACAAGCCAUUCGAGUGCGAGGUGUGUUUGGCCAGAUUCACCACCAGUUGCUCGCUGGCCAAGCACAAACGAAAGCACACCGGUGAGCGACCCUACGCCUGCGACCUGUGUCCUAUGAGAUUCACCGCCCUAAAUGUGCUCAAAAACCACAGAAGAACGCACACAGGUGAGCGCCCGUAUGUCUGUCCCUUCUGCUCAAAGACCUUUACGCAACGGGGUGACUGCCAGAUGCACCAGCGUACCCAUCAGGGAGAUCGAAUAUACAUUUGUCCGGUGUGCAAUGUGGAGUUUAAGUCAAUGCCCGAGAUGCGAACUCAUUUAGCCGGGCACGAGCAGCACGACAAACGUCUGGUACACUUUAACUUUCUAAGUAAUAAGGAAAACGGAAGCGGAGCGCUUGAAGAAGAACUCGAUGAGAUGGCCGAGACUGCUUUAAUGCUAUAAUUUGGCAUGGGAACUGCAGGAACAAUGAGUCUAGUUUGUCUAAUUCUUGGGCAUUCUUAUUGACAUGUACAAUUUACUCCCAAUUAAAAAUAAUACAAUACUUUAAGAUCAUCUAUUUUCCCUAUGUUUCGCAUCGUACAACUCGUCCAUUUUCCGUCUACUCUUCCCCCUUGGGAACACAGUUUAGGACAAAUUCACAACUUUAGAACAUCUUUAGUCUUAACUUAGUCGCUAUGUUGUAGAUAAAAAUAAAAGCUUAAAUAGUA